AUGGAGGGAUUGAGGCUUGGUAAUGAUGAAAUUGUUCGUCUGCGCAACGAUGAUAGGAAGAACUUGUUUCGUCAUAAGAAACUUAAUUUACUAGAUGAGGAAUACCUAAAAGGUCAAACAGAUCCUCUGCAAGACAUUUUAAACGGCAGCAUCGAUCUUCAUGCUGAAGUUCAUGGGCAUGAUGACCGCGUUAAGGCCCUUCGACCUAUGCAUUGGAAAUGGCUGAACUGCUUGACCCUGGAAGAAAGUACUUCGGUGAUAGAGUCAUUUCCCGUGAUGAUGGAACUCAAAGACAUCAAUAAGGGCCUGGACAAGAAUGCGAAUGAGAAUGAUGUGAGAGUGAGACAGGAAUUCAAAACAUUUUGCAAAGAUGUCUUGAAGGGCUGUAAAAUUGUUUUCAGCAGAGUUUUUCCUACCGGAUUCCGGGCUGAUCAUCACCAUCUCUGGAAGAUGGCUGAGCAUUUAGGAGCGACUUGUUCUACAGAACUUGACACCUCAAUGACUCGCGUGGCAUCAAAAGAUAUUGGGACGAAGAAGUCGCCUUGGGCCUUGAAGCAUAUAGAAGUCCUUGGUCCAUCCAGGGAAGCAGCAAAUUUUUUGUGGCAAAAGCAGCCUGUACAGAAAUUCUCUUUGGCAGGGGACUGUGGCAGCAGCAUGGAAAAUAUUGCGAUAAGUAGUAGUGAAGCGGAGCUAAAAAUCGAAUCGGGUGGGAACUUUGAAAACGGAUCUAAGGUCGAUUCUACUUUGAAAAGGAAGAUAAAGUUUCAGCUGGCGACUAAGCAGUACAGUGGUUUUAAAAAUAGUGCUGAUUUUAAUAUUGAGACUUUAAAUCCUGAUAAUAAUUCGAGGAAGAGACCGUUCGGGUUUGAGCGUCACCAUCCGGGUCAUUCGGGGAAGAGAGUUGACGGGUCCGAUUUUGUGGAAAAUGGGCUUGAUCCGGAGCUUUGUUUUGGGAUCACUUUCAGGAGAAUUGGUGCUGGUCUUGAAAAUCUUGGGAACACUUGUUUUCUCAAUUCAGUGGUGCAAUGUCUGACGUACACUGAACCAUUAGCAGCAUAUUUGCAAAGCGGCAAGCAUCAAAAUUCAUGUCAUGUUGCUGGAUUUUGUGCAUUGUGUGCCAUCCAAAAACAUGUGAGCCGUGCUCUACAAUCAACUGGGAGAUCACUAGUGCCAAAGGAUCUUGUCUCAAAUUUGCGCUGCAUAUCUCGGAACUUCCGAAAUGCUAGACAGGAGGAUGCACAUGAGUAUAUGGUUAAUUUACUGGAAUCGAUGCAUAAAUGCUGCUUACCUUCAGGAGUGCCUAGCGAAUCCCCUGCUGCAUAUGAGAAGAGUUUGGUACACAAAAUCUUUGGUGGUCGCCUUCGUAGUCAGGUGGAAUGCCAACAAUGCUCUUACUGCUCCAACAAAUUUGAUCCAUUUUUGGAUUUAAGCCUUGAAAUAGCCAAAGCAGAUACCUUGCCAGUUGCACUUCGGAAUUUCACUGCUGCAGAGGUGUUAGAUGGAGGAGAGAAGCAUUAUCAGUGCCAGCGAUGCAAGCAGAAAGUGAGGGCUAAGAAACGGCUUACAGUUCACAAGGCACCACAUGUGCUCACAAUACAUCUAAAACGGUUUCAUGCACAUGAUCCUGGACGGAAGGUUGACAAGAAAGUUAUAUUUGAUCGUUCAUUGGACAUGAAACCUUUUGUCAGUGAUUCCUAUGAAGGGGAUUUAAAGUACAGUCUGUAUGGUGUUCUAGUACACUAUGGUCAUAAUACCCACUCUGGUCAUUAUGUCUGUUUUGUUCGAACAUCAAGCGGUAUUUGGCACCUCCUCAAUGACAAUCAGGUUCGUCAAGUUAGCGAGAAGACUGUUUUUGAGCAGAAGGCUUAUAUGCUAUUCUACGUUCGUGAUAGAAAAAAUGUUGUUUCAAGAAAACCUGCUGAUGUUGUUCAAAAAGAAAGCAUGAAAGCAACCUUGGGCAGUAACUUUGUGAAUCUGGUUGCCAAGCAAUUCUCAAAGGAACUCAUGGAUGGUGGUUUGAUUGGGAAUAGAUUGGAGGCUACGGACUCUUCUGCUGCCUUUAAGAAAAUAGAUGCGUCGAGUGUUGUUACAUCAUCAGAGAUCCAUCCAAAAGAUGAAUCAUUUCAGCAAAGCAAUAGGCUAACGUUGCCAAAAGUGGAUCCUGCUUUAGAAACUUUAAGGGUACCAUUGCCAACAGACCCAUCAAAUAGGGCUUCUUUGACAAAUUCGGAACUUAGAGAAUGCUUGCCACCUUUAACUCCAUCUCUGAACAGCAAUAAUAUUACUCCUAAACUUGAAAAUCCUUCUAUUAUUACUGAGGCCAAAGCCAGUGACUGUAAUGAGCCAUCUAAUAGCAGCAGUGGCCCCCAAAUCUCUGCUAUUGACAAACUUGUUAAAAGGGAGAUCUCACAAAAGAUUAAUGUUGACCUAAAUGUUGGGGUUUCAAAUCAAGUUUCAUGUGGGGAUUCUCGUGAUACUGCAGUGGGUGAGGUCCCAAGAUUGGCUCCAUCAUUAGGAUCUAUUGACAAGACAUUUGAUAAAACAGAUGCUGUGAAAACACCUACCAAGCCAGGCCGUGAAAGUGAUCAGGGUGGCGAUAUCCUCAUUGAGAGUGCUGCUAGGAAAACACCUAGUGAUAAGGCUGGUAAAGGUGGGCAACAAAUUUUAUAUGAGUCGGUCGAGGCUUCAAUCCCAUCUGUCGUUCAAAAUGAAUGUUUGCCUAGGAAAGCUCCUGAUUGCACAUCUAAAAAGAAAUUAAAAAAGAAGCUUCUCAAGCAUAGGAUGCAACUUGGCUCAAGCUUAUUCAAGGUCUCCUUAGGCCUUAACAAGAGGAAAAAACACAAAAAGAGCAAAUGCUGCACUUUGGAGACCAAUAAUCUCAUUAAAGAAAACUUGCUUGAGCAGCUGGAGAAUGAUGGUUUUUCAUCAGGGUUGGGACCAUCAACAUCCAAAAUCUCCUCUACAGUUUUAUUGGCUUCAAUGAAUUCUCAGAGGAAGAUGGCUAAAUCUGGUUCAAGAAAGGGAGAUAAUGCAAGAAAGCGCGGUGGUAUAGGUGUCGUAAAUGGAGAAUCUGUGGAGAGAAAUUGUCCAAGUGGUGCCGAGCUUGCAGUGGAUGAACAGAAACAAAAGAAAUCUAUCUCAAUCUCUGAAGUAAACCAAGGAGAUGCAAGAGAACCUGACUCCACAGAAAAUAGCAAAAGAUAUGCAUCACAGAAUGGGAUGACGAGUGGACUUACAGGGGGUCCUGAGGAGACUGGUGUCUCGAUGCAUAAAGUAACCUGCCCAGUUGCACCUUGGGAUGGAAUAGAGUUGCCAUCUCAGAUUGUGGAAUCCAGUGGCGGGGAAAAUCUCAGCAUUGGUUAUGUAGCAGAUGAGUGGGAUGAAGAAUAUGAUCGAGGUAAGAGAAAGAAGCUAAGGCAAUCUAAGCACAGCUUUGUCGGGCCAAACCUUUUCCAAGUAGUUGCUAUGAAGAAAAACCAAGUUAAAAAGGCAAAGAAGGACCGAUCUAGGUGUGGAAACCAGCCUUUCAGGAUAUGA